AUGCCGAUUUCACUGGUGACGGUAUCGAAGGUGCUCGAUGACGACAACCUCCUCAUCGAGAUCCUGCUCCAGUGCUCCGCGUCGGCUUUCCUACCACACUCGUCCGUGCCGCCACCGUCUCCCGCGGAGCUAGUUGCUGUUAUACAUCGUGCAAGCUCCAGCUUCGACAACCACCUGAGCCAUAGCUCAUCGACCUACAUCUUUGACUGUCGAAACGGCAACGUCUUUCUGAAACAGUAUAAGAUCUGGAAUGAAUCCACUGCUGGUAUAAGGUCGAGGGUCUAUAGGUUGCAAGAUGGCGUCUGGUGCAUGUAUCGUAACUUUUCCAUAGAGCGGCUCCCUCGUCAACAGUUCGGACCGAAAUUUGUGCUCAUUGACAAUAAAAUCCAUAUACUACUUGUCCAAAGCGACAUAAUUGUCUUGGAUUUGAUGACCUUGAGUUUCUCCACAAUUCAGUUGCCACAAGGGCUGGAGCAUAGCGAUAGAAACACAACACUGUCACGGACUGAUGCUGGCAGUGGUGUGCAUCUCAUCCAUCUCAAGCAGCUACUACUCCGAAUUUGGCUACACAACAAGGGCAAUUGGUUGCUAGUGGACACUAUUUGUCUGCACCAGAUGUGCGCGAGCUUGAGAGUCUUAGAUUGCAAUGCUUUGCUUCGGAUAAAUCAAGUGGGAGACAACGCCGAGUUUAUGUUCUUGGAGAUGGGUCAGUGGGCACUCUACUUGGAUAUUAAGUGCAGGACACUGCGUAAAGUGUAUGGGAUGGCAAAUAAUGAUCGAUUGUUAGGUGAUAUCUAUCCUUUUAUGAUGAUCUGGCCUCCCACGUUUCCUGCCCUCAAGGAUGAUCCUACAAGGUUCGCCUCUUGGACUUUAGAUGAUCUGUAUAUAACUCUCUUGUUGCGGUUACAAUUAUUUGCUAUGUGCACCGUGCUAAUUGAUAUCUUUCGUAGGCUGCUGCUUGUUUUGCUAUGUGCUUUCAACCUGAAAUAUGUAGCUUUGAUCGACACACCAUCAUAA